UUCGUACGUCGGAAAUAAUUUUGUGGAAAAUAUUUGUGAUCGAUAUAAUGGACAUUUGUCGGCUAUGCAGAUAUAUUUGUGUUCAAAUAUUUAUGCGCAGAUUACGAAAACGUGUGAAUCUCUGUCUGUUUAUACUUGCCUGCUUUGGGUGUUUAGCAUAUUAUGAUUUCUUUCGAUAUCCACAUACUGUUAAUCUGGGGCAAGGUAAAAUAAAUAUUCUGAAUUCUACUUCAUUUCCACUAUUGUUGAAUGCUUUACAGAAUCAGUAUUGUAUCCAUCCCUCGCUAGAUCCGUAUCACCCAUCUGUCGUUAACUUCUUCCAUCCUCUGCAAAAACAAAAAUGUAAAACCGGAGCAAACUGGGUUACUAUGAGUAAUGGUUCUGCGCAGAUAAUGUCAGAUGCGACAUUUAAACAUGGACAAAUAAUUUGUCGUCUAGUCCCUAUAUUAAGAGGUCAAACAGACAACAUAAUCAAGUAUGGCAAAGAGUUAAAACUUCAAGACGAAAAAGUUUCUGUACCCUCUGAUUUCAUUAAAACGUCGUGUAAAUCUAAAAAUGGUCAACGAUACAUGAAUAUUCACUCGACAAUAGCAAUCAAAAAGUCAAUAUUUGACAAACUGGAUCAUCUGAAGGCUGAGUCACAAUCUGAAACAAAGCUUAGUGUUUUAAUGCUUGGUUUCGAUUCUGUAUCUCGAAACACAUGGCUGCGCAUGCUCCCAUCUUCUCAUUCCUAUUUCAAGAAUGAUCUGCAAGGAAUAGUUUUAGAAGGUUAUAAUAUAGUUGGCGACGGAACCCCUCAAGCACUAUUGCCUAUUCUAACAGGUAAGACAGAAGAAGAAUUACCGGAAGCUCGCAGAGGUCACCAAGGAGCAACAACUGUCGACAGCCAUCCAUGGAUUUGGAAGAAUUUCUCCCGUUUAGGCUAUGUUACACAAUGGGGAGAGGAUAUGGCCUAUAUUGGAACCUUUAAUAUGCGAAUGAUGGGAUUUGAUAAGCAACCGGUAGAUCAUUACAUGCGUCCAUUUUAUCUCGUUACUGAGAAACUAAACAAAUUUUUCAAGCCAUAUUGUCUAGGAUCUCAGCCUCGCCAUCGUAUAAUGUUUAACUAUCUAAAGGACUUUGUAAAUGUUUACAGAGAAUAUCCGAAAUUUAGUUUCUUGUUUCAUUCGGAAUAUAGCCAUGAUAACUCUAAUACAUUACAAUGGGUGGAUGAGGAUUUAAUGAAUUUAAUGAAGUAUAUGUAUGAAAAUGGCCAUCUUAAUUCCACUGUUUUAAUUCUAAUGAGUGACCAUGGUGCUAGGUUUCACGAUAUUAGACAAACAUUGCAAGGAAAGUAUGAAGAACGAAUGCCUUACUUUGCAUUUCGUUUUCCUGAGUGGUUUGCAAAGAAAUAUCAUGUUGAAUAUAAUAACUUUAAGAAGAACUCAAAAAGACUAGUAACUCCUUUUGACAUUCAUGCGACGUUUGAACACAUUCUUAGCAUCGCACAAUCGGCAAAUUUUAAUGGUAAAUCUCAUAUGGAUAAUACAACAGGUGCUUUAAAAUUACCAAGAGGUAUCAGUAUUUUAAAGGAUAUACCUCAGAACAGAUCCUGUUAUGACGCAGGCAUAGCACCACACUGGUGCGCAUGUCUGCCAUGGAAACACAAUGACAUUUACGAUAUUACCGUUCAGAAUGCUGCCGGAAAAGUAGUUAGUUUGAUAAAUUCAAUGACGAAUGCGUUCAGAUAUCAGUGUAGAAUUCUGUCCUUAAUCAGAAUAAUACGGGCUAUGACGUUUACUCCGAGCAGAGAUGUGGUAAAGUUUGUCGGCAGUUCUGAUAAAGAUGGUCGACAUGCUAAAUUUAACAAUUCGCUGAACAUUCCAAAUAAUAUAUUACAAGUUACAUUCCAAACAUCACCUGGUGAUGCCGUAUACGAAGCCACUGUCGUACAUGAUAAAACCUCUGGCAGGUUUUUUGUUGACAAUCGUGAAAUCAGCAGAACAAAUUCCUAUGGGACAUCUGCAGAUUGCAUAGAAAACAUAGCACCACAUUUACGUCAGUAUUGCUUUUGCACAAACAUUUGAAUAAAUACUAAAAUAGU